AUGUCGCUCAUCCGCUUCAUUUUCCUCUUCUCUCUAACUAUUGUCUGUUUCUCGAAACUUGGCCAGUGCGAUUCGGCUCCGCUAACCUUUUCAAUAACUUCACUAUUAGUCGAGGUACGCCAACUAUUGUCACUUUCCCGAAUGUUUUCCACCGAAUUGCUGCUUUAGAAAGGCAAAACCGCGUCGAUUUUGCUGUCCGAAACGGCGACGUAUCGGAGAAUCGUGAAAAACGGGAAAGGCGUCAAGACUGAGCACUUGUACCGAGUUUGCAAUGGGAAGAACAAGACGACGUGCGGAUAUUGGCAGAAUGUUAAGGUUUUUCGGCGAAGAUUUGAUAGCGCGUAGCCUGAAUUGGCUCGUUUUCAGACAAAGAAGAAGGUGGCGAGUGGAGCGACUAGUUAUAACAAGAAGAAGCGUGUGUUGGUGGUCAAAAAGUUUCGGGCAACUGACGCCGGCACUUAUAUGACUGGAAAUAAGAAUGAGACGAUGGAAGUGAGCGUUUAUUCCAAUUAG